AUGCAACUCAAUAUCUUCUUGGGUCCUGCAAAAUGGGUCACCAAAAUGACAACCAAAGCCAAAGUGGCCCUGGAAGAGAAGGUGACAGGCACAUCAAAGAAGUGGAAGCCUGUCAAUGAUGUGGACGGAGAUAACAUGACUGCACAACUAAAGAAGGCAAAAACUCACCUAGCAGCUGGGAAUGCCCCCACUGGCAAUCUCACAGUGGUCAACCAAUGUUCUAUGACAUCAUCAAUUGAACCCUCAAAAUCACCAACCCCACCAGCCAUGAUGAGUCAUUGUGCCGUAGUUCACACUGAGGAAGAGGAAGCCACAUUAUCUGCCAACAAGAUUGACUUGGAUUCCAAAGAUAGUGAGAAACAGAUGAUGAAGGAUUGGAACUCACCUGUUUAUACAUUCUUCAAUCCCACACCAAAGAUUGUUGAAAUCAAUGGAUACUGUGCACAUGAGUUUAAGUGCCAGGCAAAAGGCUGCAAGGCCAAUGUCAGAUGUUUCCUCAACAAAGGAGAUGCACACUCAACUGGUAACAUGCACAAGCAUGUGCACUUGUGUUGGGGGGCUGAUGUGUUGUGA